AUGAUCACUUCCACGCACGAUGCCAUUCUGCAGAAGCUCAUCGAGCAUCACCCUCGCAGCAAGCGUAGUCGAAUAAGACAGCUAGCGCGGGCGCUCACCUUCGUCGCCGAAGGUAUCAAACCGUCGCAGCUUAUCGACGACGGUAGCGUCGCGCCAGUCCCGUUGGCGCAAGCGCUCGAGAGCCUCGAAGCGCAGGAUGGAGCUUCUGGCCUCAGGGUCUGGAUUCAUGGCCCGAGUGGCUCUUUCGGAGUGCUAAACGUUGCGGCUGUAGCCAGACUCGCCUGCCCUCCGCCAUGCGUCAUGGACGCAUCUUCGAACUCUCCUGCAGGCACCAUCCUGCACCCAUCAUCGGCGAUCGAGAGCCUCAAAUGCAUCCAAUUGCUUAGCGAAGCUUGCCGACGAUCUACUGCGAUUCUGUCUGGUCACGUCCUUUCGCUCUCUGGACGUGCGCCUUCGGCAGGGGUAGCUUUGGCUGGUUGGCUCUUGGACUACCCAGUCGUGUAUGCACUCAAGUCAGACUCCACAGGAUUCGACUGCAGGCUCGACGUUCAACAUUACAGAAGAUACAAGGAAUCAGAGGCGCAGUGGGAAGAAGGCGCUGUCGGCAACAACCUCGGCGGGUCGCCUUUGUGCUGCUUCGAGGUCUUCAUUCGCCGGGAUGAAGAGGGCACAGCGGAGCAGGAGCGUUUGCAGUCGUUCACCGUACCACAGGUCGCGCUGAAAGAUCCAAUCACGUAUCGAAGUGCUGCGCUCCACAAGAUCUCCGCCCCUUACAUCGGUGGAUCCGGCCAAGGACGCCCGCUGCCGCUGGCUGGACAACGUUGA